AUGUUGAAGUGCCGGUACCGAUAUGUUGACGACACCUUCAUCAUCUGGCCCCACGGUAGCGGAUUUCCUGGAUCACAUCAAUGGGAUACAUCCAGAUAUCCAGUUUACAAUAGAAGUGGCACUUUAGGACAUCGAGUAUAUAGGAAGCCAACUCACACAGACAGAUAUCUGAAUGCGGAGUCCCACAACCACCCAGUCCAGAAACAGGGGAUCACAUAUACCUUGAUUCAUCGAGCGCGGAUCAUCAGCGAGCCAAGACUCUUGGCCGAGGAACUGGAACACCUACGCACGGCCCUGAGAGAGAAUAGCUACACAGUGAGAAAUAUCGAACGAGCUAUCAGGAGGAGACAUACGCCCAUGGAGAAACAGGAGUAUUUAGCUACGACGUAUCUACCUUACGUGAAAGAUUGUACAAAUAAAAUCGGGCCUCUUUUGAAGAAGAGGAAUAUCAACACAGUAUUCAGCACUGUAAAAAAGGUGGCGGCAGCGUUUCCAAAGACCUGCAACAACGACCAGCUCCAGGGCCUCGAUGUGUACAGUAUUCCUUGCUCUUGUGGAAAGGUCUACAUAGAACAAACAGGAAGGCACAUCAACAUGAGGUUAAAGAAACACAAAAGUCACCUCAAAAAUAACAACUGGGAAAAAUCGGCAGUACAAGAGCAUAAAGCCGACACGGGACACACAGGAAAUGAGUGA